GAUUUCUCUGUUUUUUUUUUUCAAUUAAAAAAAAAACAAAGAGAAAAAUCCUCUCAGCCGUUUCAAUCCUGAAGCAGAAUCGAUUCAUCCAUCACUCAUGGAUCAACAAGAAGUAGUAGCGUUGUUGCUUCUAAAAGAAGAAGAUGAAGUAACCAGAAGAACAAGUGUUCCGACACAACUCUUAAAGCUAAAACGAACUCAUUGGUGGGUUCUUGUCUUCAUAAGUAUCUUCUUCCUCAUCUCUGCUCAAGCCAUAGCUGUUCUUCUUGGUCGGUUUUAUUACAACGAAGGUGGAAACAGUAAAUGGAUCUCUACUCUUGUCCAAACCUGUGGCUUUCCAAUUCUUUAUAUCCCUCUUUGUCUCCUUCCUCCUUCACAACACUCUUCUUCUUCUUCAUCUUCUUGUUCUUUCACUACUCUGUUUUGGAUUUAUCUUUCUCUUGGUUUAGCUAUUGGUUUAGACAAUCUUUUAUACUCUUUUGGUCUUUUGUAUCUCUCUGCUUCAACUUACUCUAUUCUUUGUGCUUCACAGUUAGCUUUCAAUAGUGUCUUCUCUUAUUACAUAAACUCUCAGAAAAUCACUGUUUUGAUUUUCUUGUCUGUGUUGUUUCUCUCUGUUUCUGCUGUUUUGGUUUCUCUUGACGAUGAUUCUAAUAGCCCUUCUCGAGAUUCUAAGUGGAGUUAUUUUGUUGGGUGUUUAUGUACUGUUUUGGCUUCUCUUAUCUAUUCUCUUCAGCUCUCUCUUAUGCAGUUGUCAUUUGAGAAAGUUAUCAAGAGUGAGACUUUCUCUAUGGUUCUUGAGAUGCAGAUAUACACGUCCCUCGUCGCUUCUUGUGUUGCAGUUAUCGGGUUGUUUGCGAGCGGGGAAUGGAUGUUGUUGAGUCGGGAGAUGGAAAUGUUUAACGAGGGUCGAGUUGUAUACAUCUUGACAUUGGUUGGAACCGCGGUUUCGUGGCAAUUGGGUUCUGUUGGAGCUGUUGCACUGAUAUUUUUGGUUUCUUCGCUGUUUUCGAACCUUAUUGGUACGCUUUCUCUCAUUGUUACGCCUCUUGCAGCCAUUGCGGUGUUCCACGACAGGCUGACCGAGCUUAAGAGUGUCUCCAUGCUUUUCGCCUUCACGGGAUUCGCUCUUUAUAUCUACCAAAUUUACCUUGAUGACUUGGAAGUACAACGAGCACGAGAAGCUCAGGCUGAUUGAUUCUUUUAAGCUGUUCUAUAAGUAUAAUUGUUUUAAUAGUCUCUCUUAGAACAAGCUACUAUUAAUUUUUCUAUAUCAUACACAAUGGUUUGUAUGAUUGAUUCAUUGCAUAGGUAUCUUAUUCAUGAUAUAUAACAAGCUACUAGUGUUUGGGUUA